AUGUGUACUUGUGACAAGCACGGAGAUAUAUUUCAUGUGUGUACGCAUAAUGCCGAUAAUCACUUUCAGUGUCUCGUAACUUAUCCCGAGGCUCAUCCUGAUUAUGACGAGCUGAAUCGCUGGCCAGAACUUCCUGAGGUUGUAGAGGAGUUGUGCAUGCUUGGCAGAAUAUCUGGCCCAGUAGUUGUAAUGGGACUGCUUCUCUACUUGAGAGGCAUGAUAUCCAUGCAAUUCUUGGGCUACCUUGGAGAGCUCGAAUUGGCGGGAGGUUCUCUUUCAAUUGGGUUUGCAAACAUAACUGGCUAUUCAGUUAUUUCCGGACUGGCUAUGGGAAUGGAACCUGUGUGCAGCCAGGCUUUUGGAGCGAAACGGUGGAGUCUUCUCGGCCACUCUCUUCAGAGAACAAUUUUUAUCCUUCUCUGUGCCUCUCUGCCAAUCGGUUUCCUGUGGUUAAACAUCGAAUCGAUUUUGCUGUGGUGUGGGCAGGAUGAGAGCAUCUCCAGGAUGGCAGGAACGUACGUUCUUUACUCUUUGCCCGAUCUCAUUGCUCAGUCAUUUCUUCAUCCGCUCAGGAUUUUCCUUCGAACGCAAAGCUCCACCCUUCCGCUCACAGUUUCAGCAGGCGUGGCUCUUCUCCUUCACAUUCCCAUCAAUUUUCUUCUAGUCGUGUAUUUCAGACUAUCCAUCCGGGGCGUCGCCCUGGCUACCGUGUUGACCAAUUUCAACAUUGUUAUAUGCUUGGCAUGCUACAUAUGGCUGUCAGGACAUUACAAGGAUUCGCUGCCGAGCCUGUCGAGAGAAUGUCUGAAAGGGUGGACAUCGUUUCUGAGAUUGGCAAUCCCCAGCUGUGCAUCAGUCUGCUUAGAGUGGUGGUGGUACGAGUUCAUGAUUCUUCUCUGCGGACUGUUGUUAAACCCCGAAGCAACGGUGGCCUCGAUGGGAAUUCUGAUCCAGACCACAGCGCUGCUGUACAUAUUUCCAUCGUCGCUGGGCGUGGGAGUUUCGACGAGAGUGGGAAACGAGCUCGGUGCAAACAGACCGGCCAAGGCCCGCACGGCCACGAUAGUGGCAAUUGGAAGUGCGGCAGUAUUGAGCUUCAUGGCGAUGAAUUUUACAGUAGCAGUACGUCACGGGUGGGGUAGAAUGUUCACCAAAGAUGAGCAGAUUCUUUCGCUGGUGUCGUCAGCAUUGCCGAUAGUUGGCCUCUGCGAGCUGGCGAAUUGGCCGCAAACGACGGGAUGCGGAGUCCUGCGAGGCACAGCGCGCCCGACUAUGGGCGCAAAUAUAAACUUGGGCUCUUUCUAUUUGUUAGGCACGCCUGUUGCUUUGAUUUUGAGUUUUAUGUACAAAUUUGAAUUUGUGGGUCUAUGGUUUGGCAUGGUGGCGGCGCAAGGCUCGUGCCUUAUCCUCAUGGUGUUUGUGCUACUGCGAACGGACUGGACUGUGCAGGCGGCGAGAGCGAAAGAAUUCACAGCCGGAACCGCUGAAUCUUCUCUGGAGCCGGAAUUGUUCUAUAUUGAAGAUCUAAGUGAGAUAGAAGAGAAGGAACCAAUAUUAGAGGCUAAUAGGGAGUUAGAUAAAGAAUCAAAAGAUCUGCAACCAUUCAUUUCUUAUCAUCUAGUUUCACAUAUUAGAACCCAUCAAACUCUCAAGAUGAGCUAA